AUGGCAAUCGUUACAAGGUCAACUACGAGCGAGCACAACAAGCUUUCAAGUCUCCCGUCCGAUGGCCCUGAAUCUUUAAUUCCGUUGACACAAUUAUAUCACCCACCAUCUCCUCACAAAGUACACCCAAGAGCAGACUGGGUCAUUGAACAAGUUCGGCGAUGGCUGUACCCGCAUCUCAAGCAACUCGGUGCUGAGACGCUCAUCAAGGGCAUCGUCAACGAGACGGCGUCCAUGUGCACGUAUCUCUACCCAAACGCCGACGAUGAGGGAAUCUUUCUGGCUACAGGCUUCGUGACUGUGCAAUUUGACAUCUUUGACAGCGCUGCUAUUCUCAAGGCGAUCCAGGCGACUCCGUCGGGACAACGGCUGGCUAGAGAUCUCCAGAAGUUGCGCGAUACUCCGCAGCGGAUGGCAAACGUGCCGCGAGGUGGUUUCGGACUGGGAGACAGAUCCGUUCCUUCUGGGAACUAUCUACAAUCUUCGACGCGCAUGCACAUCCGAGGCCGACACAUCAACGAGGAGCGCUUCGAGGUCUGGCUGACCAAGUCUUGCGCUGCCAUGAAGGACUUUGGCAAGUCUCAUGCCCUGAUCUACAGCGAAGCCAAGAACAUGACCGUCGAAGAAUAUGCAGACCACAAAUUGAGGAAUUCCGGCAUGAUCUAUACCGUUCUCUUUGUCGAGAUGGCAAUGGGAACAUUUCUCUCCAGGGAGCACAACGCCAUUCCACGAACCCGUCAGAUCCAGCAGCAUAGCGAAAAGAUUGGCUCCUUACUAAAUGAGAUAUUCUCAUAUGAGAAAGAGACAUUUUUAGAGAAUACAAAUAAUCUAUUAGCCGUGCUGGUGCGUACGGAGAAGAUUAGUUUACAUGAGGCUGCGCAACGAGUCGGUGCGAUGUCGCAGAGACAUGCCCUGGAGGUGAAGCGCAUUCGGAUUGAGAUUGAAGCUGAGUAUGAUCAUGGUAGUGGAGAGGAUGUUGGUCUUGGAACGUACGUGGCGGACAUGGAGUUGUUUGGUGCAGCGUGUUGGUUCUGGCAACUUCAGGGCACGAAGCGGUACUGCUCCAAGACAUCGCCGUUUGCUGAGCUGCGACUUGAGGGAGAAGAUGGGAAGGCAGAGUAA